AUGAGAACCUUUUUCGGACUCACUACCAUCUUCAUUGGCAUUGCAUCGAUAUUCCUCUUCCAGCAUCGACUACUUGACUUUGCCAAUACAGCAAUUGAGCUAGUACUCAGGCAGACCAACACUGCAACAACGUCUCCAGUCAGCCAGCAGCAGCCCGCGCAAGCUUCGCUUCACCCAAAUAUUCCACAAGGACCCCAAGAACACCUCAUAGUCACCGAAAUGUCCGUGUCUCGUGCUAUCAAGAAGGUCUUCCUGGCCAUUGAGCAGGCCGAGGGCGCCGGUGCCCGUGUGCGCCGAUCCAUCGGCACCCCGAACCUCCGCAACUUCUCGCCUUUCCUGAUGCUCGACCACUUCUCAAUCAAGCCCGGCGCUGGAUUCCCCGACCACCCCCACCGUGGACAGGAGACCAUCACCUACCUCCUCCAGGGCGGCGUCGACCACGAGGACUUCGCCGGCAACAAGGGCACCCUGGGCCCCGGCGACCUGCAGUUCAUGACCGCCGGCCGCGGCAUCGUCCACGCCGAGAUGCCCCGCCAGAACCCAGACGGCAGCGCCAACGUCGGCCUCCAGCUCUGGGUCGACCUCCCCGCGGACCUCAAGGCGUGCGAGCCGCGCUACCGCGACCUCCGCGCCGCCGAGAUCCCCCAGGUCGAGGUCGACGACGGCAAGGCCACCAUCAAGGUCAUCUCGGGCCAGAGCCACGGCAUCGACUCGGUCAAGGACCUCGCCUACACCCCCGUCUGGAUCAUCGACAUCGAGCUCCGCCCGGGCGCCAAGGUCACCCAGCCCCUGCCGCAGAACUGGAGCGCCUUCUCCUACGUCCUCGAGGGCGACGUCUACUUCGGCGAGGGCGACGACCGCAGGAAGGUGGAGCAGUACAACCUCACCGUCUUCGGCUCCGAGGGCGAUGUUGUCCACGUCGAGGCUGACGCCAACGCAACUAAGCCUUCCCGGUUGGUGAUCAUUGCCGGGACCCCGCUUGACCAGCCAGUGGUCCAGUACGGUCCCUUCGUCCUCACCAGCAAGGACCAGGUCUAUCAAGCUCUCUCCGACUACCAGUCCCACGCCAACGGUUUCGAGCGGGCCAAGGACUGGAGGAGCGAGAUUGGAAAGUCAAUGAUGCACUGA